GCCCGCCCUGCAUGAACGUCCUCAGACCAAAAACCUCCAACUCCAAAGCUGAGCACCAGAGAAAUGACGUUGAGCCGGAGUGCGCUCUUAUCUCCAGGAACAGGACGGAGCGCGUACCCACUGCGGACUUUUGCCCUCCGACUUUGAUAGGUGGAGAUUGGCCAAACGACAGUAGAGCAGCUCGAACAUGUUUUCUCCAAAGUCGCCUAAAAAUGUGUCCAAGUAUGUCUCCAAGUCGGCGCGCGGCGCAGGGGAGCAGCUGUGUAUGGUUGAAUGUAAGCCGGACUGCACCUGUAGCGUCCACCCGGCCGCCUGCUGCUGCUGCAGGGGACAAGGUGCGCCCGAGUUGAAGGAGAAAGGCCCUGACAUCGAGAAACAAGGCCUUGACAACUUGGCCUACGAGUACGAGAGUCAGAGUGAGCGCUACCCUCCACCCAAAGCUGCCUCCACAGCAACUUUGAAACUCCUGGGACUCGGCCCCGGGCACCAGGCCCAAGCCAUCGAGAGCAGAAUCUGCCGCCUGAAUGGCGUCCUUGCCGCCAGCUUGUCUUUAACCAGCAGCUUGGCCAAAGUGGACUACGACGCCUCAGUUAUCACAACCAGAGAGAUUGCUCUGGAGCUCCAGACCGCAGGAUUCAAUGUGGAGUCAGUGGUGCAGAUCAGGGUGGAUGGGAUGCACUGCCAGUCUUGUGUGCAGUCCAUCGAGGGACAGAUUGGUCCUCUACCUGGUGUUUCACAUAUUCAGGUGUCCCUUCAAAACGCCGCGGCACUGAUUGUGUAUCAACCUCUUCUAGUCACACAACAGGAGCUGAGAGAAAAGAUCGGGGACAUGGGUUUUGGUGCCACUUUAUCUGCCGAUGAUCCCGCUGGAUAUGAAAUGAGCUGCUGGCAGAGGGACUUAUUGAACUCAACUGUAAACAUUUGGAUUGUAGGGAUGACUUGCAACUCCUGCGUGCAGUCAAUAGAAGGGAGGAUCUGUCAGAUGACAGGAGUGGUGUCCAUAACGGUGUCACUGAAGGAGGAAAAGGGAACGAUAACCUUUGACCCCAGUCUGACAGAGCCGGAGCAGCUCAGGGCAGCUGUCGAAGACAUGGGCUUCGACGCAUCACUUGAAGAACCUGCGUUGGCGAACAACAUCCAGGGCCCUGAAAAGUCCCGGCCUGUUACCUCUGGACUCUCCGACCUUUCUGACUUGCAAUUGGCCAAUAAGCUGGAAGUCAGCAAUGGGACUGGAGCGUAUGCAACAUCUGGAAGGGAGAUGAAAGUUCAAAAAUGCUUUAUUUGUGUAGUGGGAAUGACCUGUGCGUCCUGCGUGGCCAACAUUGAGAGGAACCUGCACAAACACAAGGGGAUCGUCAUGGUGUUGGUGUCCCUCAUGGCUGGAAAGGCGGAGGUGAAAUAUGAUUCAGAACUCUUGAGCGGCGCCGCUGUAACUCAGCUCAUAGAGGACUUGGGCUUCAGCGCCAGGCUGAUAGAGGACAACGCAGUAACACAUGGGAAACUGGACCUCACGAUAACAGGCAUGACAUGUGCAUCAUGUGUGCACAAUAUUGAGUCCAAGCUCAGCUCAACCAAAGGGAUACUCGGGGCCUCCGUCGCCCUGGCAACCAAAAAAGCCCAGAUCAUGUUUGACCCAGAAGUGCUCGGAGCUCGAGAUAUUAUCAAGAUCAUUCAGAGUCUGGGUUUCGAGGCCAGUCUGGUGACGGCGGGCUUCAAAAACAACCUCGAUCACACGGAAGAAAUUCAACAGUGGAAGAACUCCUUUCUGUUCAGCCUUGUUUUCGGCUUGCCCGCCAUGGGCCUCAUGAUCUACAUGAUGGUGAUGGACAGGCAGCACCAGGAACACGGAGGCUCCAUGCCCGAGGAGCAGAACCUGCUGCCUGGCCUCUCCCUCCUCAACCUGGCCUUCUUCCUGCUCUGUACACCUGUGCAGAUCUUUGGAGGCCGCUACUUCUACAUCCAGGCCUACCGCUCGUUGAAACACCGCACGGCCAACAUGGACGUGCUGAUAGUGUUAGCCACCUCCAUUGCCUACAUCUACUCCUGCGUGGUGCUCGUUGUAGCCAUGGCGGAGCGAGCCAGCCAGAGCCCCAUCACCUUUUUUGACACCCCACCCAUGCUGUUUCUGUUCAUCGCGCUGGGACGAUGGCUGGAACACGUUGCAAAGAGUAAAACCUCAGAGGCUUUGGCCAAAUUAAUGUCACUUCAAGCCACCGAUGCCACUGUGGUCACUGUAGGACGUGACCACUCCAUCAUCAGUGAGGAGCAGGUGGUGGUGGAGCUGGUGCAGCGGGGCGACAUCGUGAAAGUGGCCCCGGGAGGAAGGUUCCCCGUUGAUGGGCGAGUGAUUGAGGGCAGCUCCAUGGCAGACGAGUCCUUGAUCACAGGUGAGCCGAUGCCUGUCAGUAAGAAGGUGGGCAGCUUGGUGAUAGCCGGCUCCAUCAACGCCCACGGGGCUCUGCUGGUGGAGGCCACGCACGUCGGAGCAGACACAACGCUGUCUCAGAUUGUUAAACUGGUUGAAGAAGCCCAAACCUCCAAGGCUCCCAUCCAGCAGUUUGCAGACAGGCUCAGCGGCUACUUUGUGCCCUUCAUCGUUAUCGUGUCUCUGCUGACGCUGGUGGCCUGGCUGGCAAUCGGGUUUGUCGACUUUGAUAUUGUGAGGGAGAACUUCCCGGGUUACAACCAGAACAUCUCCAAGGCGGAAGUUAUAGUUCGCUUUGCCUUCCAGGCGUCCAUCACCGUUCUGUCCAUCGCCUGCCCCUGCUCUCUGGGGCUGGCAACCCCGACAGCUGUCAUGGUGGGCACAGGGGUCGGAGCCCAGAACGGGAUCCUCAUCAAAGGAGGCGAGCCGCUGGAGAUGGCUCACAAGAUCAAUGUGGUGAUGUUUGAUAAGACCGGUACGAUUACAAACGGCGUACCACGGGUGACUCGUGUGUUGGUGCUGUGGGAAAUCGCCCGUAUGCCCCUGAGGAAGAUCCUGGCGCUGGUGGGCACAGCGGAGGCCAGCAGCGAGCACCCGCUGGGCAUGGCGGUCACCAAACACUGCAAAGAGGAGCUGGGCUGUGACUUGCUGGGCUACUGCCGGGACUUUCAAGCGGUGCCCGGGUGUGGGAUCAGCUGCCGGGUUUCCAACGUGGAACAUCUGCUGCAGCAGCAGAGCCCAGAGCGCUUCCUGCUGCCGGGGGCAACCACCGACGAAAGCAGCCUGCUCUCUGGUGCCGAGACCACGCCUGCAGUAGAGCCUGUGUCCUACUCUGUCCUGAUUGGGAACAGAGAGUGGAUGAGGAGGAACGGACACCACAUCGGAGCUGACGUUGAUGCCGCCAUGUCCAGCCACGAGACCAAAGGACAGACUGCUAUCCUGGUGGCUAUAGACGGUGUGCUGUGCGCCAUGUUAGCCAUCGCAGACACGGUGAAGCCAGAGUCAGCGUUAGCAGUGUUUACGCUCAAAAGCAUGGGCAUCGAGGUGGUCAUGAUAACAGGAGAUAACAGGCGCACCGCUAAAGCCAUCGCUGCACAGGUGGGGAUCAGAAAGGUGUUUGCAGAGGUGCUGCCUUCACACAAGGUGGCAAAAGUGCAAGAUCUGCAGAAGCAAGGCCGGCGAGUGGCCAUGGUGGGCGACGGCGUCAACGACUCGCCAGCCCUCGCUCGGGCCGACGUCGGCAUUGCCAUUGGCACGGGCACCGACGUGGCCAUCGAGGCGGCCGACAUCGUCCUCAUCCGAAAUGACCUGCUGGAUGUGGUGGCCAGCGUUGAGCUGUCAAAGAAGACGGUGCGGAGGAUAAGGACCAACUUUGUCUUCGCCCUAAUCUACAACCUCGUAGGAAUCCCCAUCGCUGCAGGUGUGUUCAUGCCUGUCGGCCUGGUGCUCCAACCCUGGAUGGGCUCUGCUGCGAUGGCUGCCUCCUCGGUUUCAGUGGUUCUGUCCUCUUUAAUGCUGAGAAUGUAUAAGAAAACCUCGGUGGAGCUGUACGAGGCGCGAGCGCUGGGCCAAAUGAGGAGUCUUCGGUCGUCGCAGAUCAGCACACAUCUGGGUCUGUACGGCCAGCGGCGCAGCCCCGCCCCCCCCACCAGAGCUCGGGAGCAGCCGAGUCAAAGCAGUGGCGUCCCACUCAGCCAGGGCCUGUCCUCCAUUAACUCUGUCCCGGAGCAGGGCCGCUACUCGUUCCCGGAUCACCGUACAGGAGUGGACCUUGAUGUGUUGUAAGGAAGAUAAAAGGGAAGAGGGACUUAGACGUCACACAGUUUCUGUUCUCAUGUUUACGAAUUGAGCAAGGCUCUUUGUGCGUACUAUUUCUGUGUAUUUAUGUAAAUAGAUGAGGCAUGUUCCAAAAGAGGCACAUUCACCUUUAGCUUAUGAACACUAACGCACCGUUAUCAGUGGAUCUACUACGGGCUAUAACUUUCUUAGUAAAUAUGUCGAACCAAUUAAGCUGCUGACACUUAAAGUGAAGGUAUUACUGAA